CUACUCCAUGGUGAUGGUCGUCGUCUUCAUUGCAUUGCAGAGCCAUUCUAUUCGCUGAUUAUUUCCCCAAUCUCUCUCCUCUCUCUCUCUCUAUCUAGAAUUUCAUACAAUUUGAUUGAGAAAUCAAGCGCACCACCAGCUCUGGUUCACAACACAAGAAGAGUCUUUCUCUCCUUUGCUGCGUGCGAGCACAACCCUACCUUCGCUAUGGCUCCUCCUGAAGAGAAAUCAAUAGUUUUAGAGGAGUCCGUGGCUUCCGAACCCCUAAAUCGACCCAUUUCCACCAUCGUCAUCAUCAUCGCUAUGCAGUCUGAAGCGCUUCCUCUUGUCAACAAGUUCCAGCUAAAGGAGGACCUCGAUCCCCUGUUCCCGAAAGGGGUUCCUUGGGUUCGGUACCGUGGUACUUACAAACACUUGAAUAUUAAUAUUAUCUGGCCUGGAAAAGAUACAGUUUUGGGAGUUGAUAGUGUAGGCACAAUUGUUGCAUCUCUUGUAACCUAUGCUUCCAUCCAAGCAUUGCAGCCAGACCUUAUCAUAAAUGCUGGAACUGCUGGUGGCUUUAAGGCCAAAGGAGCUAAUGUAGGUGAUAUUUUUCUUGCAUCGGGAGUUGCCUUCCAUGAUAGAAGGAUACCUAUCCCUGUUUUUGAUCUGUAUGGAGUUGGUUUGCGGCAGGCUUUCUCAACACCCAAUCUCUUAAAGGCACUUAGCAUAAAGGUUGGUAAAUUGUCUACUGGAGACUCUUUAGAUAUGUCCCCACAGGAUGAGGCAUCAAUCAUUGCAAAUGAUGCAACAAUUAAAGACAUGGAGGGAGCAGCUGUUGGGUACGUAGCAGAUCUGUUGAAAGUCCCUGCAAUAUUUGUUAAAGCUGUGACUGAUAUUGUGGAUGGUGAGAAACCAACUGCUGAAGAAUUUAUGCAGAAUUUGGCAGCAGUGACUGCUGCACUUGAUCAAGCAGUCACUGAAGUUGUUGAUUUCCUAAACGGGAAGUGCCUCUCCGAGCUUUGAUCUAUUUUAUAUGCUACUCCUGUUCGUGGGAAGGAUAUAUGUGUGAUAACAGUGUUUGAUGAACAUUUUUCUAUUAAAUGUCAUCUGAUUGGAAGUGCAAUUUAGAAGUAAAAAAACUUUUGUUAACAUGAGCAGCCUGAAAGUUAUUAUAUGAUAGCUGCUAAUUUCUCUAUGCAAUGAUAUUCCUUGUAACCGACAGUAAAUUAUUUGAGGUAUGUGUUUCAAGGAAAGUUGGUUUGGUUCUUCA